AUGGAGAAGGAUGGUCGGAGAGUGACGCUACAAGGGAACGUGGAGAAUGGAAUUUUCAAGAUGAUCACGGGUAAGAAGUUACAAAAGCUGUUCAAGUAUAAAAUAGCCCAAGUAGCGCAACUGUUCUCGAUUGAGACCUAUUGCAAAGACGAGGACCAUGAGGAGGUGAGUGGGCAGUGCAGGUUGUUCCAUGGUAGUGAGCAUCCAUUACCAUGGCAGCAAAUAGAGUACUUGGGGCAUAUUAUUUCAGCAGCUGGGGUUAGUACUAACCCAAAGAAAAUAGAGGCAAUGAUUGCUUGGCCGAAACUUGUUAGUGUCAAGGCCUUGCGUGGCUUCCUUGGUUUAACCGGAUAUUAUCGACGUUUUGUACGAAACUUUGGAGUUAUAUGCAAACCUCUCACCGAAUUGUUGAAGAAAGAUGGUUUCCAGUGGGACGACAAGGCUGACAGAGCUUUUGAACAACUGAAGAAGGUUAUCAAUGAGGUACCUACACUAGGACUUCUUGAUUUUAACAAACCAUUUAUUCUGGAAACAGAUGCUAGCAAUUUAGGAGUGGGAGCAGUUCUUGUGCAAGAUGGCAAACCACACCACUCGCUUUCCUAA